GCCAUGUUUAAUGCUCCGGAUGACGGAAGUUUGCCGCUGGGAAGGUGUUCCAUGGAUCAGAAUCAGAGCCGCCGUCUGAUCCGUGCAUCGUGAAGUUCGCUUUACCGUCCGGCCGGCCCUGAGUCAAAUUGAAUGCAGGGUCCAGCGUGUUCUUUUGCAAGGCGAGUGGCGGUUUGAAGGCGACGAGUGGGAGAUAGAGAUUCGGAGCAGCGGCGGCGAUCCAACAUGAAGUUUUUUGUGCAGCCGAUAGGCAGGUAAGCGGAUCCUUUCUUCGCCGCACGAGCUUGUCUAGCGCAUCUGAGUUAGUUUCUUGACUACGAUUUGCUUUUCCCCUGCUCUCCUUGAGUGGGUAGGAGAGAGUCUGGUGCCUCCCCCAUGUAGUUGUGAAUGGCGGUGUGGCGGCAGAGCAAUCGCUGUCGGAGCAGCAGAUGGCGGCCGAGAGCGGCGAAGCACAAAUCUUGGCGGCGGCAGAGGCUGCAGCGGGCAGAAGGGAAAGCUCCCCUCGAAAGUCCGAGCUCUCGAUGGGGAAGAGGAAUCCCCUGGCGCCCGGAUGGAAUAAGAGGCUAAGGAUUGGUGCUGCUGCACCAAGCAUGACACCGUGUCCGAAUCGAAUCAGUGCGUUCGAGAAGGCUGUAAGAUGUUUUGCAGAGAAGCCAGCUUCAAAUGUUCUUGGCACUACAUUUGACUCCUUGGGCAAGGCUUGUGACUUCUACAAUCUGUAUUCAUGGAAAAAAGGUUUUGGCAUUCGCUAUGGGAAGAGACGGCUAAAUGUGGAGUGGGUAAAAUGCAUGCAGGAAAUAGUUUGUGGCUGCUCGGGUAAAGCUGCGGUAGACUUCUACAGGCAGAAGACAAUGGAAGAGAUCUCAUAAAGCAACUCAGGCAGAACAAUGUGAAUCUGGGCAAGGUUUAUAGUAUCAUAGUCAUAGGUGGCUUUUUUGGUUCGAUGGAGAAUGUUCCCUUCACCAAGAGGUCUUUGUGAAAUCUGUGUGGGCAGAUCAACAGGGACCAGGCGGAUGAUGAUGUGAGGAAGACAAUGGAAGUUUUUGCAGACAUUGGAGCCAAGGAUCCGCAUUUUACAUACCGGGUUCAGGCUGACACUGAGGGCAGGUGCUCGAUUUCAUUAGGGCUAAAGAAAUACCAGCUAAGCAUAUAGUGAAGAGAUGGACGAGGGAUGAUCGCGACGUUCUGCCACCUCAUUUGAUACAAUACCAAAAGGACAGCAUGUAGAACAACCCUUUUUCGUACAGACACUUCACGAUGUACUUGCACGCCAUGGAUCUAGUCAGGCCGGCGACACUAGCGUUGAAGCCUACAAUCGGUUGCUGUAGUUGUUCAAGUCCAACUUGAUAGUGAUGUUACCCUAUGUAGAAGUUAGGGAUGGUCUUGGCCAGACUGGCGGACAGUGGUGCCGUAAAUCAGAGCCCCAUGGAGAUGGUUGCAGUGGAACAAAACAUGAUCAUCGAUGGAGGUACUGCUGAUUUAGCGGACAAUGAUUCUGUGUCCAGGACAAGCAACAUGUUGGAAGGACUACUGGCUCCAGCAAAACAGAAAGAUAUUGGGCGGCCAACGACAAGUAUGGAGAAGGCUCCAUAUGAAGUCUAAGCAAGAGGACUAGGUUUUGCACGAUUUGCAGAAAGCAAGGGCAUAAGCGAACUACAUGCCCUGGCCCUGGUGAUGUCCCCAAGCAACCUUGGUAGCCUGCGAAAUGCAAGAACUGUGGCGUGAGGGGCACACCGACAAAAUAAUUGUAAUAAAGCAAUGGAAUUAAGGCUGGCAAAUGGAAUGUAGAAGCUGAUGUGGCUCAUGAUGUCUUUUCAGUUAUCUUAUUUGCCAUUGAGGCAUAUGAAUGUAGGCAUCAUGUUUUACCUUCGGUGUGAUCAGACCGUGGUUACUUUGCAGACAGUGCAUGAGUAAUAUAAUACGUAGUAUGUCAGGUUGUGUCACUGAUUUUGUUUCAAAAUGUUGGCUUAUCCCCAGGUUUUGAUGAAUUUGUGUGCAUGCUUUUGAAGGUAAAACCUUGGCCUUUUGGUGCAGCGGGAGUGGCUGAAUUGUCUGAUUCGCUAUCUGAAAACUUGUACACUCCUGAAUAUCGAAAGAGAUGCAGAUGUGUUCUCGUUCGCUAUCUGUUUUCUGGAUCGUAAUCUAAGUUCCGGCCGUCAAUGCUUCACAGCAGAGCACCUUCUGGAACGUUGCUGGGUUGGUCUCUGAUGAAGAUCAGAAGAUGAAUCAUAUGAAGAGCAGCCGCGCUUGCAAGCUUGCAUGGAGGCGGAACAUGGUGGUGAAGAAAGGACUGGCGACUAUGAUCCAUUUGGAGCCACGGGGACUGAAGAGCUGAAUGCCCUUGUUGGUGAAGAGGGCGAGCAGUCUGAAGCACCACGCUGUGACUACGAGGAAGAAAUGGAGACAGAGGGGAACAAAUAUUCGG